AUGAGCAAACGAAAAGCACAAGAUCAAAAUCCAAACAGUGAUUUUUGUGAAUUUCUCAGCGGUGAGGUUCAUUUAUUUAUUGUUUCCAUGCAUGACUUCAUUUAUUGACCCGCUUAGCAUAUCAAAGCUCAAGGUUAAUACUCGCUCAAUAAUAGACUACAUACCAAAUAUUUCAGUAAUAUUUUUCGGUUGUUCCGGUUUCCAAACAGCCAAGGGCACUUUUGGCUGGCAGGAACGUAUCACGCAAAAGUAACUUCUCCAUAAAAAGAAUUAUAUUCACCGUAGCAUUCUAGUUUAUAGGCUAAAUUUAAACUUAAUGUCGCGAUUUACUUUUGAUGAGACGUUUUUCAUACUGAUCAUGAAAAUCGUUUUUCUUUGAAUUUCAAACGUUUUUAGAGCUUGCGGAAUACGAGAAGAAUGUAUCGCGUCAAAUACACAAAUACAAUGCAUACAGGUAUUGCAAAUAGUAAAUUUUCUUCUCUGAUAUAGGUUUUUUUUCUCGCUGGAUUAUUUUACGUAAUAAGCUUAUGCUCAGCAGUUGGCCGUGAGUUGCGUAGAAAAAAUCCUUUGCCAGGUCAAAGUAGAAUUUCCUUUGUGUUCAUUGAAUAUUUAGGUCUUGCAAACAAAGGGAAUUCUGAAUUAAAUGGUUUGAAUACUGGCUUAGACUGAGAAUAGAUUUUACGUACAGUGGAGGUCAAAAGAACAUGGGACACUGUUGGACAACCCUUAGAGUAUAAUUGUUACAUAGAACUCUACUGUAAAUGAUUUUAUCAGCUUUGAGUUUUUCCCUUAUCCUUCCCCCCUUCCCCGCCGGCAAUGUUAUGCCUAAAAAGGUUUCAUUUCCAUGCAUUAUGCUCAAAAUUCAACAUUGUUUCAAAUGGGGGGUUGGGGGUGGGGGGAGGGGAGAGUAGCUAGUUUUAGUAAUAUCAGUGGAAAAAUUAAAGGUCUUAACACUUUUCACCUCCACUGGAAGACAGGUACACCAUUCUUCUUACAGUAAUGUAAAUUUUAAGCAUAAAUUUCGGCGGGCUGGAGCUUAAGACAGAUCACUGUUUAUUUAAAUCCAGCGUACAAAUAAUUAAGAAGGGACCAAAAAUGUAUGGUUUAGACAUUGGAUUCAAGCAAUCUUUUAGUUGUAAAAUAUCAUUGAUUACUUUUGAUUGAUUAAAUUUUUGAGUCCAAUACAGUAUAGAUAAAAUACAAACAGGAGCAAUAGAUAACCUUUAAACAUUUGCUGGAGCAGCAAAUUAGUUCUGUAAUGUGUAAUCUUUUUUUGUGAAGAAUUUUCUCAUUUAAGCCCUCUAUUUCCAUGAAACAGGUGAGGGAAAUAGAAGACUUUGAUUAGAAAGACUAAUAUGUACAAAUAUUGUAUAUGUUAUUGAUGAAUGUUGCACAAAUAUUUAUCUCUCUCAGCUCUUCUAGAGCCUAUAUCAUAAUCUACCAAGGCAUAUAAGAGAUUCUUGCUUAAGGCAUUUAUUGCCCCAUAUUUAGGUGCGGCUAAUGGCUCUAUCAACAGAUACAGAAAGAAACAAAUUUGUAAGUUAUGUUAUAUUGUGCUCACAGGAAAGCAGCAUCUGUAUUAGCCAAACAUCCCACAAGGAUCAAAAGUGGAGAAGAAGCCCGUAAAUUGGUGAGAAUAGGUAUACUAAGGUAUACGUCUGUUAUAUUGGUAGAUCGAUUAAGUGGCAGAUGGGCUGCAGCUCAUCCUUUUUUCUUGAUGACCCAGAUGUUCUCAGAACUCUUUAAUCAAUCAGCAAAUCGUAUUGGUCCCCUUUAUCUGAAUUAUUUUCUGGACCUGCCCAUCCAUCAGGCUUUUCAGAACCAUGUGUUUGGUUCGGGGGUUGGGGUCUGGGUGGAGGAGUGGUGGAGGGUGGGGAUUUUCACGUUGUCUUUCCAGUGUGCAAAAAGAGUAGUGUCCGAUAACCUGGGGCUAGAAGAUUUUGCGAUCGGGCUGGUAAUCAAUCCUGCUCAUCAUCACCAAUUUUUUGGGGGGCUAGUUAUAAUGACUUUUGGGCUAGUACAUGCUAGCUGCAGCUUGCCCAAUCAGCAAGCUGUAAAACUUGCUUUCUUUUCUACCUGCUUUCAGUUUGUUCUCUCUGCAUUUUUGUAAAUUAACUCUUAAAUAUACCCCCCCCCCCCCCAGUUUCCCUGUACUGUCAGUACAACCAGAAUGUUAACUUGUAUGGUCUAUCCCUAGUGUCUUAAUUACACAGCCACUUUUUGUUUGUCAUGCAGCUGGUUACUAGUGGCCAAAAGGGGGUGUCUCAUGGUAUUGUGGAAACAUCUGUAGGUUUUAUAGCUUUCAUUUGGUGAUUUGACUAUUGCUCAGUGUCUUUUCAACCUUUUGUAUUGCAUCAUUUGGUAAUCAUGUUCAUCUGUAACUCCAAGAAAUUAAACUAUCGGAACAGGCAUUGCAUGGUGAUACAGUAAUGGCUAUAUCAGAGACCGGGUCCAUCUUGUACCCCUUGGAAAUCCCAACUGGUUCAGAUUGAUGUGAGAAAAAAUAAGAAAGAGGAUGAGAAAUUGGUGGGACAUGCUUUACCUUGAACAGUUUCUUUUACAUGACUGUGUUAUUAUUAAUUUACAUUUUAAUUGCCACUCAAAAAUGAUAAAAAGGUGGCAAGGUUACCUAAGAGAAACUUCAUGAAUAGGCUUUGCCCACGUGGAAUUAAUGUCUUUCAGAUAAUUAAGAUGGAAUCCACCAGGAAAUUGAGUAAUUUUAAUUCUCACAUUGGAAAGUUGUCUGUUCAUAAAAUUGUUUUCAUUCAAGUACAUUCACUGACAGUACCUUUAUCAUUGACUUUUUUGUUUGUUUUCAUAAUCUUGCAAGCCUGGAAUUGGAGAUAAGAUUGGAAAAAAGAUUGAUGAGUUUAUCAAAACAGGCAAGUUGGAAAAGCUUGAAAAGGUACUAUAAAAUGUACUACAGUCUACUGUAACUUAAGCCCGUUUCUCCUUUCAGAUAGGAGAUAUAGUCCUUUAGCACUCUUCCCCCACUUGUGCAUCAACUUUCCCAAAUUGUAGCAUAGCAUUUUAAGGUUAAAUUUGACCAGCAUCCUGUGCAGCAAGUUGUAGGGUCAUGAUUGACUUCAAACCUGAUGUAAAACUUGUGUGCUCUGAUCUGAGGCUUAAUUGCUGAAGUUAGGGAAAAAUCUGUCAUAGGAUUUUCAAGUUAUUUGCAUUUUUUGUAAAAAAAAUGUAGUUUUAAAUGUAUAGCGAUAUCUCAAAUGUUUUUACACCUUCAAUAAAAUAAAUAACAUUUUCUUAAAUUUCCACCAUUCUUUAUAAAGGAUACCAAAAAUCAUCCAAAUCAGUUAAAUCAUUCCAGCUGAAAAACGUGAUUCAAAAACAUAACCAACACCCAUAUAAAUAGGUUUGGACCACCUUACAAAGCAUUAAUUUUUAGUACCAGUUAUACAAUACACUGUAUAUAGUACCAAUAAAAUAGUCAAGUCUGUCUUGAUUUUUUUCUAGAUCAGAGGUGAUGAAACUACAAAAGCAAUUCAACAGUUAACAAGAGUAUCUCGCAUUGGGUCAGUAUUAACACCAGCUAGUUGCUUUUGUUACAGAAGAGUAUUGAGUGCUUAAAGUUUGCUUACUUGAUGAAGUUACAUGGCUAAAGUCAUAAUUGAUAGCCGGAGAAAACAGCCAACAUUUAUUGUUGUCACCUUUAAACAGGGUUCGCACAGGUCAUGGAAAACCUGGAAAGUCAUGAAUUUAAGAAUUUCAUUUUCAGGCCUGGAAAGUCAAAUUAAAACUGGUAUCAAUUCGAAAUAAUAAGGAUAUAUAAUUGAAUCAUACACUAAGACUUCCAUUACCGUUGGCUAAAGGAUGGAUAACAACUGUCAAGACCUGUGCAAUGAAUUUGUUUCUUCAACUUAUUUUGUUUUAGACCUGCUGCUGCCAGAAAAUUUGUCGAUGAAGGAAUAACAUCACUGGAAGGUUAAUAUUGCUCCAUUUUUGCUGUGCACAUGAGUUUUUAUAUAGUACAUGGCCUGAUGUCACAAACUAAUGACUUGAUACUAAUAACAAGUACUUAUUGAUAGUGAUAUUAACCUCUACCAAUGAAUCAAACAUUUCAGAUGUAACAUUACAAGUUAAAAAUCCCAACUUUGGCAGGAGAGGAACCAGUUGAAAAUUUUCUAGCCAUAGCUAAAACAUUUAAGUUGAGAUUGACUGGUGUGAAUCAACUUCCAGGGCUCGAAAUUGUGACUGAUAUGGUCGCCAAUGUGACUAACUUUUUUGCCUUGGCGACUAAAAUUCUGGUUUAGUGGCCACUUUGGUGGCCAGAUCUCUCUAUGAUUUAGAUUUAAAUUAAAAGAGUAAAGUUAAAACAAACAUUUUACCUUCUCUUGCUUUGCUUUCAUCAUAAAACAUGUGCCAAAUCUUAUAAACAAAGCCAGUUUACCUCCAAAUUUAUACCGUCUUCUGUCCACGAUAUUUUAAAACAAUCAAAUACGAUGGAUCGUGCCAUACUGGGAGCUGCAUCAUCAUUAUACAAACCUGGCAACUAAAAAUUUUGCAUUUGGUGACCAUGAUUAUUAUUUCUCCCGUUGGUCGCCAAAAGGUGACGUGAGGAUUUUUUUAAUUUCAAGCCCUGACUUCAUUGGAACUUGGGCAACUGGGACUAUAGUCAACCUAAAAAACCUUUAUUUAAGUGUCAAUGUAUUUGGCAAAAAGGCACUUUAUUGAGGACACUAUUUUACAUUCCCUACUACAGACAGGACCGCCCCUUUACAUGGUCAUCCAAACCAUGCAAAGGUCUAGCUGUUUGAAGGGGCAGUACUUUCAUUUCUCAGUUAUUUUAACCUUUUAAACCCUAAGAUCAAAGUUCGAAUUCUCAUUUGUUACCCCUAGUCAUUUUCUACAGAUGUAGUGGGGAGAAGUUGAUAAAAUAUCAAGCGCAUUCGUAAUUCAUCUUGUGUGAUCAUGUCCGUAAUUCUCGUGUCCACUGUGUUUUACAAAGCACUGAUAUUACAAGGAGAAAUUUGAUGCUGAUCACUGUUAGGGCUUAAAGGGUUAAGACCCCAAGUAAUGGUCCGGCCCAAGGGAUCAAACCUGCAACCUCCCAGUCUGCUGUCAAAUGCUCUACCAACUGAUACACAAGCUAAUCCUGCUGUGGUUUAUGCUGAACUUUAUAACUGUCAGGUAUCUAAGUUAGACUAGCUUGUAAUAAUAAUAAUAUUAUACUCAUUUUUUUGGUUCCAUGUAGGUUUGAAGCAAGUUCAAGACAAACUUAAUCAUCAUCAGAAAAUUGGUUUCAAGUAUGUUGAUCACAAGGAUUGUUCUUGUCCUCCAUUCAGUACUGAGUGGAAAUUGUUUUUUCACUCUGUUGCAUGGCCCCCUAUGAAAUAAUAGCUUUUAUCUAUCCUUAGGUAUGUUGAGGAAUUUGAGAAACGGAUCCCACGAGAGGAGAUGCUAAAAUUACGGGUCUGUGAUAAAACCUUGAACUGCUUUGUUAUCCAUCUAGAAUAGCUCUGCUAAUAGGCCUUUUGCAACAGUAUAGUAAGUUGGUCACGUGAUCAACUUUUUGUAAACACGAAAACAGUUCGCUUUUGAAUAAUUUUGUUAGAAGGAACUGAUUGAGUAUAUUAGAAUUAGGUGACCUGUAAAUUUUCAGCCGUACACUUCAAAAGCAGCGGUUGCAAGACCCGCCAAAAAAUUAAAAGGAUUUAGGUCGGAAAAACAACUCUUGCCACCCAGUCAUGCUUGAAUGGCUUUUAUUGCCAUACAAAUCCUUGUAAACUUUGAUAGUUUCAAAUUGUCAUAAAAUCUUUCCCUUACAUAAUUUUAUUAUGAAACUAAAAUUUUCUUUUUGGGACACUUUGUGUUUCAGGUGAAGAAAAUGCAAUUUGGGUUGACCCUCCUCCUCUCCCGCUGCACAGUGUUGUGUGUUACAAGACAAACACCCUUCGGGGAGGCGGGGGGUAAUCUUGUUGAGGCUGUGUUUAUGAGUGUGUAUUGCCUGUUAGCUGCAAAUCCCAUACAAAAAACAAACAAUCCUCGUGAUCAACGUCCUUGAAACCAGUUUUCUGAAAAUGAUCAAGUUUGUCUUGAACCGUCUUUAAACCUACAUGAAACCAAAAAAAUGGAGUAUCAUUACAAGCGAGUCAAAGUAUGAAGACAUUCAGCAGGGCAUUAAUCAUGUGAGUGCAGCGUGAACGGUCUUUUCCCCUUACCACUCUCUUUGUUCUUUACCAGCAUCUGGAUAGGCCUAGAAGGUUUACUUAGAUUCAGGAUUCGGAAUUCAUUACUCAUUGGCUAAUUUUGUAAUUUCAAAAUCUUUUAAAAUAUGACUGUUAGUUGUUACUUUAGGCUUCCUAUGUCUAAAUUUUAUUUUUGUUUAAAUUAGGAAAUGAUCAUGGAGAAGAUUGCAGAGUUUGACAAGGAAAUUAUUGCAACAGUUUGUGGUAGUUUCAGAAGAGGUAUUGACAGUGGUCUUCUAUUGUCUGAUGAUUGUAACAACCAAGAGGCGGAUCCAGGGGGUUGGAUUGGGUGGCUAGCCACCCCCCUUUAGAACAGCCCAUAAAAGUUUUUCUUCCAACGAAAUUCGUCUCCUUUGUUUUUGUUAUCUGUCACUCCCUUGCUCUUGCUCUGCUAUCCACGUCAGUGUAGACAGUAAAAUUUAGUCGGAAAAAAAAAGACUGCAACUGCUGCCAAUUCAUCUUCACAUGUCGUAGUAUAGAGCUGGUAGUUAAUGUGACAUUUGACAUUGGCUUACAUGGAGUGAACGGACGUAUGGAUAUACGGACGGUCACGUGAUUACCAAAAUUUCUCUCAUCUAUAGGUUACCAUUUUUUCUUACCCCUGGUGCUACGAGCGCUCCCCUAUAAGCCCAGAGCUUAUAAGCGGCAGUUCGUGGUAUCUCUGAUGGUAGAUUACUCACAUAUCAAUUUUUCAUAUAUCAUCAGGUGCCACCUCCAGUGGAGAUAUCGAUGUGUUAUUGACGCACCCAUCAUUCAACUCAACUGACAGAGAGUUUGAUAAGGUCAGUAAUAGUAUACAGCAAAAAAAUACUCCUACAAAUAUUCUCCCUAAAUAGCUUAAACUCAUUAGUGUUCAACGUAGCCUGUUCACAGGCCCUCUCUUUUCUCUUCAGAUAUUGUGUAGGGCGCCUAUGGAAAGAAAAACCGCGAGGGAUUUAUUGUCCGCAAGUUGAAUUGGGUGGGGGUGGGGAAAAAAAGAAAAUAGUUCCUUUCGUUUUUUCUCGCAUUCCAAUUCGCUCUCGCGUGCGAACGAAGCGAUCUCACUUUCAAAUCGUCGAAAAAAAACGUUGCUCGUACAGGUCAUGGAAAACCUGGAAAGUCGUGGAAUUUUAGAAUUUCAUUUUCCAGGCCUGUAAAGUCAUGGAAUUUAAUUAUCGUUCCUUGAAAGUGAUGGAAAAUUAAAGGUUUGUUUGGUAGUUUGGAUACUGCAGAUGGCAAAGCGAGGACAAUGUAAGAUAGACAGGAGUAAUUAAACAGCGCAAACGGCACGCUUUUUGGUGAACACCAUAGUUUGUUUCUGUUGAACUGCUUAAGGUCAAAAAAUACCCCAAAACAAGGAAAAUUUUGAAAAUUUUUGAAGGUGACAACUAAACCAGAGGUCUUGGAAAAUUUGAAAACGUCAUUGAAAAAAGUCAUGGAAGGUCAUGGAAUUUGAAGAGAUCAAAAGAGUACGAACCCUGAGCAAAACUUCCGUGAAUAGGCCAUGUUAAACCAUUCUUAUUUGCGAAGUAUCAUUGACAAGGAAGUAUCGUAGAAAGCAAUGGUGAUGAGUGUGAAAACAAACGGUAUUCCAAAUCCCCCGAAACCAACCGCCCCCUCCCACCAUCCGCCUUCUUUUCGUUUGCCAAAGUACAUUGUUGUUCAUAAUCAUGGCAGCAUCACACUAUCGUCUAAAUAAUUCCGAGACUCAUUGCAUAUUAUGAACUUCACCUUCAAUUGUUUUUUUCCGAAUCGCUCGGACUUCAUCAGCGAUGUGAGAUCAUCAGUUUGCUCUUAUAUUCUUGCUGUUAUUUGUAGAAAGCUCUUCUACACGGUGUUGUGGACACGCUAUCGAAAGGAAGUUUUGUAACUGAUUCUCUAUCCUUGGGGGACACGAAAUUUAUGGUAAGGAAACCGUAAGUUAAUGAGACAUUUAUUCGUUUGACGCAACCCUGUGUUCAUUCUUUUGUAGAAUUUAUUAGUUAAUCAAUAAUUAAGCAUUUAUAUAAAUGCGGAUUAAGUUAGUCAUUUAUUAACUUAGUUUAUUGCAUUCGACGCAGAGAACGCAGUCCUAUUCUAAGUGAUCCCGAUUAGAGCACCGCUUGUGGUGUGCUAGACGUUUUCUGACACAUUUAUAAAUUUAAUAGGUUGGUUGAUCGACUGUCAGCUUUUGUUGAGACACUCCUGUGUGUCAUAGCAUUGCAUAUACAGCCGUGUUGUCCAGACCGACACAGUUAGUAUGCGGCCUUCUUAGACUUGCCACAAGUCGACCAGCGAGCAGAGCGAGCUUUUUAGGCCGCGAGCGACAAAAUCGCGAGAGGUUAAAUCCGUUGAAGGACUUUUUUGAAAGUCUAGGGGCCUUUUGUUCGAGAGGUUCCGAAUUUGAUUCCGAGGUGUAACGUCAAAUCCUUGUUUCGACUUCUUUCAUUUCCUUGUGGCUUUGAGUAGCUUAAAAUAUCAGUAAAACGGAACAUUUGUGGAGAGAGGGGGAUAAAAUGAGUGCACUGUUUGUCAGAUGAUGACAGUUUCGAGCUACCCACGUAUAAAAUUAAGGAGCCUCUUUUCACCCUUCCGUUUUUUGCAACGGGUGGGUCAGGAUUUUGCUGACCGCUGCCAUCUCAUACGUACGAAGAGCUUUUAGCGAAAACUACUUUCCUUGUUUCCUUGUUUAUUCGUUUUUGCUCAGUGCCGUCAUCUAUACUGUAUGUAUAUUUUGUGGUUCAAUUUUUUUUCUUUUAACAAACAAUUUCCAAAACUCAGAGCAAAACAGUCUGAAGCAAAACGAAAACUUCAUUGUCUCCUGCGACCAAUUAGGAGACACCUUCCGAGCAGCUCCUACACUACUCUCGAUGGUCUCCAUGACUCGGUGAUUGAUAGUGUGAUUUCGUCAGUUAAAACUAGUUAAAACUUCAACACUGUGUGGGUUGAUGUUAUGACCCGUUGCCGGUCAGUUGUCGUUUGUUAAAUGUCUUCGCUAGAGCAGAUGAACAACGUUUUGGGUGACGCAAGUUUUUUUUUUAAUAGAAUAGAAUUGAACCACAAUGUUCAUACAGUCAAAACCGUGUCAGUGACUAUUUUGUACUUAUUUCAUUUACAUGGAGUCUGUAUUUUGCCAAAAGCAAAGGAAAAGAUACACAGAAGAAUUGACAUAAGGUAUGUAGAUUCUCAUUGUACAUUUCAUGGGGAGCUUAAGCAACAACGACGGCGACGACGGCGCUAUGAAAACGUCAGUUAAAAAGUGAAUUCGCGCUGCUUCAAACUUUAUCGCGCUUAUUCCAUCUCGUUUAUCUCGUCAAAUGUUGGCAAUUUUUCUGGAGUUGAAUUCUAAAAGACUGAAUCAAAGUUCAGGAAAACUUGGAAAAAAGAAAGUCGUCUUCUGUUCACGUCCUCCACAAAACGUGAAAUUAGGCACUUUCACGUCGUAGUCGUGUAGUUACGGCAAAGAAAUGUACAAAAAAGGGUGAUGCACGUGCAAAGCUGUUGUUUUGCUAAUCUAACCUAUUGCCUCAGUUUUGCCGUUGCCGUUGCGGUUGGCAUCGUCGUUGCUUCAGCUCUCCUAGAUUAUUAAUCGUCAAAAAGCCCAAUGCAAGUCCUUCGUGUUUAUUCCAGAGUACCUAAUUUCCACGAAGCAACAAGCUGGUAAUUUUGCAAACUUUUAGUUAAUAGAAACUAAACCCUGACAUUGUUACAUCAUUAGGGACUUUAAGAUACUAGGGACCUUACGAUCCGACAAGGGCCACGUCCAUGAAAACUUCGCUGAAAAUAUACUUCGCAUCCUUCCACUUUUUUUCGCGAUGAUCUCUGGGGGCCCAGUUACUUAAAAGAAGGGAAUCUGGGUUGGAGCUGAAGAGAAUGCAGCGCACCCGAGUUCAAACAGAGAUGGUUCCCGUUCCCGAGUAAACUUAAAUUUUGGUCAUUUCACGUCGUAGUUGUACAGGGACGGCAAAGAAAUGUACAAAAAAGCGUGAAGCGCGUGCAGAGUUGUUGUUUUGCUCAUUAAACCAAUUGCUUUUUGACGUUCCCGUUGCCGUCGCCGUCGUGGUUUCGUAAGGUCUCCACUUCGACGACGACGACGACGACGACAACGAGAACGUAAAAAAGCAAUAGGUUGAAUAAGUAAAACAACAACUAUGCACGUGCAUCACGCUUUUUUGUACAUUUCUUUACCGUCACUGCACGACUACGACGGGAAAAUGCCUAAUUUCACUUUUUAUGGAGGACGUUAACGAGCGACGGCUAAAUUUUCUUUCUCUUUCUUGAACUUGAAUAUGGUUCGUAGGAAUUCUGCUCAAAAAGAGUUCGCUUGCAUUGGCAAAGUAAAUGAGCAGGAGUUGGAGUAAUCAGGAUAGGCAUUGACAAUGCAUUGAAAGAACGCAAAUUCACUUUUCAAGCAACGUUUUCGUGGCCGUCGCUGUCGUGGUAUCUUAAACUCCCUAUUAAAGGGCUAGGUCACGCUAUUUGCUAUCUUUUUAAAAAGCUAAAACUUGAUGCCUUCAAAACAAUUGAAUUCCCAAACAAAGUGGUCCAGUUUUGUUAGUGGAGACCAUUUUUAUGCAUCGAAACUUUUUGCCGCCGUCUUUUGCAACGGAUGGCAACGGUGGACACGGAUUGAAACCUGAAAAAGUUGAGCCAACCUUCUCAAGUGUUAAAGGAGCUGUGUCACGAAAUUAAGAGAACAUGAAAAUAACCGCUUACAACUUUAAAGAAAGGUUAAAAUAACACAACAGAAACAACAGAUGCCACGGAUGGGCAAAACUGAAGUAGACUGGAACGGAUUGAAAUUAGGGUUUUUGAAAACUGUUCAGUCUAACAGUUUUUCAAUGUUGAUCCCUGCUGCUUGCAACUUCAAAAAUAAUGAUCAGGAGACAUAUUUGUUUGUCUCGGAUCUCUGAUUUUGUCAUUUACAUGUAAUUUCUUUCCUUACUUUAAGUUCCAUAGCGAUUGAGGGCGAGUAAUUGGCAAAACUAAAGAAAAUUAACUGGACUGCCGUGACACAGCCCCUUUAAUGAUAUGCCUGCCGAAAAUUUCACCAAAAUAAUUAUUAUGGUGCGUGCUCCCUGAUGAAAUAUGUUUGAAUUAUUACUCUAGAGGAGCAUUUUCUGUGUGGGUAAAGGUACUUAGUCAUGACGUCAGCACAGAAUUGACCUAAAACCGCAAUAUUCUCGUGAUAAAGCCCCCUGAGGGUGAUGUUGCAUGAGACGAUUCGCAACGACGAUUUUUAGCGCAACACAGCGUAGCAACAUUGUUGUGAGAAUGCUAGAGGAGCACUUUCUGUGUGGGUAAAGGUACUUAGUCAUGACGUCAGCACAGAAUUGACCUAAAACCGCAAUAUUCUCGUGAUAAAGCCCCCUGAGGGUGAUGUUGCAUGAGACGAUUCGCAACGACGAUUUUUAGCGCAACACAGCGUAGCAACAUUGUUGUGAGAAUGUUUCGAAUGGUUACAUUGUUCCAGCAUUGCAACGCUGUGUUGUGCUAAAAAUCGCCGUUGCGAAUCGUCCCGUGUAACAUCACCUUUGAAUGUGUAUUUUCUGCCAAGGAAAUGUCAUUAUUUGCUUUCCUUCAUUGAGAUUUCCCUUUCCGUGACUUAGAAUACACACUUUCAUUUCGGUAUUAGCGAAAAAGGUCUUACCCAAAAAAUUUAACGUGGUUGAAAGAAACCCAUGUUCACAUCCACACCUCAUCUGGAUUGGCUGUCUUCACACCGCGAUUAUCUGAACUGAGACAAGAUCCUCAUCACAGUCAACAUGAUUCUAUCAUAAUCAUUAUUUUUUUAUUAACCCUGCCUGAGGUUUGUCCACGUAACCUCCUACUCAGAAUGACUGGCGUUCUAUCAACUGAGUGGCUUAAACGUUUGAAACGCACUAGUCUACAGGACAGUCAGCGUAUCUUGGUCCUGAUAUGAGCUCCUUAUAUUUCAGACUAAUUCCUAACGACCAGUACUACUGUGGAAUUCUUUACUUCACCGGUAGUGAUGAGUUUAACAGGAGAAUGCGCCAACAUGCCCUGGAUAACCGGUUUACUAUCAAUGAAUACUCCAUAAGGUAUGUUAGUAUCAUCAUCAUUAUCAUUAUUUUCGCUAUUAUCAAUAUCGUCCAAAUAAUUAAGAUUAUCUGCGUCAACACGGUACCAUUAUUCAUAUUUUCCUCAUUAUAAUGAUUACAAGUUUAAUGUCAUUGCUCACAUAUCUUCGUUGUAAUCAAUUGUCUUUUCUCUUGACUUUAUCUCCAAACCGUAAUAUACCGUCCUUCGAAAAACUUUACAUGUUAUAAUGCUUCGAGAACAUCUUCAUAUAGGGCUCGAAAUUGGCCAUCGCAAACU